UGUCUCCUCGCAUCAAUUUUCCAGCUGCUGCUGCCGAUCACUGCUAUCCAACGCUGACUUCUAAAUAGUCUGGACUCUGGAGGCACGCAGCACUUGUCGCGGAUGUCAUCACCCAGAGUCAAAAUCCUUCUCACUUGGUGCAAUGAGAAUGGUAUCCAAAUGGAUCCCAGAAUUCAAGUUCUCGAAAGUAAAAACAAUCAAGAGUUAGCCGACAGCACGGAAAGUUCCCGCAGUUCCUCCUCGCGUGGUCGCGGGAUCAGCGUGUACUCACUCGAAGACCUCAUUGAUCGUUCCUGUUCCCUUGUACGCAUUCCGAAGACAAGUAUUCUCUCGACCAAGUCAUGCUUCCUCUCCCAGGGCAUUACCUCUGCACCAUAUGGACAUGGUGCGCAUCUUGCGUUGGCUCUCGCCCUGUACGGUGAGAUUUUGCGAGGUCAAGAUUCCAGAUGGUUCGGAUACCUCCAGAGCCUACCGCGGGAAACUGUGGAUAUAGCCAUAUUCUGGGGUGUCGAGGACGUCAUCAACUUCCGGUCCUGUGUAUGCUCAAGCCGCGGAUGCAUAAUUUCCUCGCAAAGUGCCAUUGGAGAUGACGUUGGAUCCACUUGCUCCAGUGCGGAAUUUCCCGAGUGUGCUCCGUCUCACCAACUCCUGGAUGGUAAGCGAGCUCGGAUGUGGCUUUCCUGUACGGAGGCCGAAAUGGAGCUGGACGGCUUAAUGCAUGAAAUACGUCAAUACUACGUCUCCGUCGUGGAACCCACACUAUACGCAGCCUUUGGCAGACUUCGGCAAGCGAAGGCUGAGCACGAUGUCAGCGUGGUAGUAGGUGGUGGGAUCCCACAUCUCGAUGAAUGCAGCAAUGAGUUAAACUCAGUGGAACCCUCGCUGCCUGGUUUCUGCCACGCGUACUCCCUCGUGUCCUCCCGUGCGUUUUUAGUGGAUUCAUAUCACGGUCUUUCAAUGGUGCCCAUUGCUGAUGCUCGGUUCUAGCUUGCUUUGCUUGACGUCUUCGUCGGUAGCGGCAUCCCGGCGGCAAGUCGUAAUACGUCAGCACGAUUAUAACUUUAGAGCGCUGCCGGCGGCUGCCUACGCAUCCCCCGAAGAUUCCAAACUAGACCAAAAUUUAGUUCCUUCACUU